CUACGCCAGUUUUUCAACUCAGAGAGAAUGGACUGCCACAGGGAAACUCGUCAUCGUAUGAAUCAACGUGGCAUCUCUAUGAACGGGUGUGUUGCGUCCAGAAAAAUUAAUUAAUAGAUCGUGCAAAUGUGUAGGAUGGCAGUUGGUCUAUUGAUAACAGAUUGUCUUAUCUUGGCUGCCCCGUAGAGCCUCCAACGAUGACCGACGCGUUGCAGUACACCCUCAUAUGUGCCACAAAUCAUAUAACCCUUAUAAAAACUGAAAACUCCAUUAACAUGUGGUUUAACCAGGACUAAUGUAGUGUUUUUUGAGACGCAGUAUUAAUAUAUAUACAGUUUACGAUAAAUUUAGGUUCAACUAAAACUACUGAGAGUUGAAGUAUAUGCUAAUUAUGAGAUGUUAAGUGCAUUUGUUUGGUGGUAAGCCAAUCACGAGGAGGUACUAUGAGAAAGGUGGCAAUCUGAGAAAAGAGAGCACUUCUUUUUGACCGGAGACUGAUUAGGUAAUGCUUUAAUCAUUAAAGCAAUUUUUUUUUUCUGUAAUAAUCCUACUUUUAAACUUUAUACAAGUCUGUCUCCCACUCAAGAGUGGAGAUUUCCAUUAUACUAUCGGGUUUAUUGCGUUCUGUUUAGUUCAAAGCUUAAUUGUUAUUUUCCACCCCAGAAAUAGUUUUUUUUUUUCGGAAAAAAAAUUUGUUGGAUGGCUUUUUAGCCCGCUCAAAUAAGUGAAACUGAUUAAUAGACAGGUUAACGAUUCGUCUCAUGGUGAAAACAUUGAUAUUCACGACGCUCAGAAAUUUGAGGUGAGCGCAAUUAUAAAUUGCAGACAUUUCAAUCGAUCAACGAUCCUCGUGCCCUUUGUUUUUAGACCUUUCUCAGGCAUACCGAUGAGUUCCAUUGACAAGGAAGUAGAGGUUGAGAUAGCCCCUUUUGUCAGAGUUUACAAGGAUGGCUCUGUGGAACGACUAAUGGGAGCUCCAAUUGUGCCUCCGUCAUCUCAAGACCCAGAAACCGGUGUCUCAUCCAAAGACGUCACCAUCUCACAGAACCCUCCCAUCUCAGCAAGACUCUACCUUCCAAAACUCAUUGAACCCACUCAACAAAAGCUCCCUAUUUUGGUCUACUUUCAUGGUGGAGGCUUCUGCAUCGAUUCUGCCUUCUCUUUAAACGAAACCAAAUACAUGAACCGUUUGGUUUCUCAAGCCGAAGUCGUUGCUAUCUCAGUAGAGUACAGGUUAGCCCCCGAACAUCUUCUCCCUACUGCUUAUGAAGACUGCUGGGCUGCCCUUCAAUGGGUGGCAUCGCACUUUGCCGAUAAGGGGAUUAAUACUAAAGACCCGUGGAUAUCAAAUUAUGGUGAUUUUGGGAGACUUUAUAUCGGUGGUGAUAGCGCAGGGGCCAACAUCGCUCACAAUUUAAUCAUGCGAGCUAGCAAUGAAGCAUUGCCUGGAGAUGUCAAGAUUUUGGGUGCUUAUCUCACCCACCCUUACUUCUGGGGCGCAGAACCAGUAGGUUCAGAAUGCAGAGAAGAACGCGAGAAGCUGGUAACGAACUUGCUUUGGGCUCUGGUAUAUCCGUCGGCUCCUGGUGGCAUUGACAAUCCAAUGAUGAACCCAGUUGCUUUAGGAGCCCCAAACUUGGCUGGACUUGGGUGUUCUCGGUUGCUAAUCAGUGUUGCUGAAAAGGAUUUGCUGAGAGAUAGGGGUAUUUUGUACUAUGAAGCAGUGAAGGAAAGUGGAUGGAAAGGAGAGGUGGAAUUCAACGAGGCAGAGGGAGAAGGUCAUGCUUUUCAUAUUCUGAAUUGUGAGACUGAGAGUGCUAAGAAUUUGAUCAAAAGCUUGGCUUCUUUUUUGCUAAAGUGAAAGAUCCUUGGCUAUUCGGAUGCAGGGUAUGUCAAUAAAUAAGCAUAGACGCUAGACAAUUUCCUGUUUCUUUAUAUUAUGUGUGGCCCUUUUCUGUUAUUCCCUCCCUUCUUCAGCUUGGAAUCUGAUUGUGUUUGUGGUUGAAAUUUAGUGUAGUAGUUAUUAGGAUGUGUUUCAUGUUGCGAUCGUUCUCCUUUCAAACCAGGAAAUAAGAUCUCUAAAGCCUUGAAAUUUAUAUUUCA